UACCUUUACUGGAAUUGAUGGUAAACUCAAAUCAGAAGAUAAAAAACAGUUAAAAACUCAAAGUGUAUCUGAAGAAUGCCAAGUGAUGAACGGGAAAAGUGUUAAAUUCAGUGGUGAAAAUACAUGACAUGACUCAAUACGCAUUUUAAGAGACAUUAAAGCGCAAAGCGCCCAAGACCUUUAACGCCCACUUAAGUGUUUCAUCAGUGGCAGGCGAUUGAUUGUAAUCAUCAAAUUUAAGUUAUAGUAGUUCAGCAUUAAUCCCUUGAACAGAAAGCGUCGUAGAGCACCAUCCUCGAUGGUGUUCCCAGAAAUGGAUUCAGUUUACCCAAAUUCUGUAGUUCCACUUAAGGAUUCAUCAAUGAAAGCUGAACAUGCAACUAUAUUGUCAUUCAGCAGCUAUCCUCCUUUUCAAUUUGAGUUCUCUCUCUGCUGGUCGUCCAUCAGGAUGUUAAAGAUGCAAAUUUGGCUGUCUUUGUCGAUUGUUACUUGUCUGGUUGCCCAACUGAACGCUGCCAAGGAUUCAAAAAUUCCCUUGAAUGCUUACGGCAGUAACAAUUUCAUUAACAAAGAAAUUCCAAAAGCUCCAAUGGAAUUGAACAUCAACUUCACGUUCCCCGAAAACGGGUUGCCCCCGUUGAAACUGAAUCUCGGCAACGUGGCUGCAUUCCUGAAAGAAAAGGAUACAAACGGCAAUCUGGGUUUGCCAUCGUCUGGCAAACCUAUCAAGAAAACUAUCCUCGUCAACAUCAAGAACCCCAACAAGCCCAAAAAUCCCAUUCCAGCGGAUGUCUUUCAUGCAGGUCUGCCCCAAGGAUUCCAGAUUCCGAUCAAAACUGCUCAACUUUGCCGUGAUUUCAUCAUUCUCAAAUGCAAGGAUCUUUGCAAGGUUUCACAACGUAUUUGCCAUUCAACGUGCGACGGCCGGAAGGAUUGCGUCCAGGUCUGCAAAGCGACUCGGAGCAGUUGCGCAAAGUUCUGCGAUUCGACGUUCGUUGCGGACGAGGCGGACAUCAAAAAGGGCGACGGACAAAAAAUGGUGGACAUUUUGUUGCCAAAAUGCCUUCGAAACUGUCGUAAUGACAAGUAUUGCACGUAUCAGUGUCAUGAUACCUGCCACGCCAAAUUAAAGGAGCCAGCUCCUUUAACUGAUGUUUUUAUGACGGUUCCUGUUAGUUUGCCGGCCAUGUCAAGCCCCUCGACGAUGACUGGCACGUCGAUCACGUCAAAGCCAUCCACGGGUGAUUCGAUUGAUCUUGAGAAAGAAAACGAUUUCGAGGAGGAUAAAUAGAAAAAUUAGGAAGCAAUGAAAGGACCAUUUUAGUUUACUGGUAGCCAUUGUCAUUUCAAUUGUAUUUAAUAUUUGGUUGAUUUCUUUCUAUCCAAAUGUCUUUUUUUAAAACUCGUAACUUGAUUACACUUGAAUACUUCACGCGAAA